UCUGCAUUAGAGGCUGUAUGAUGCAUUGAGAGUGUAAGUGGCUGGAGGUGGUGCAUGUUGUGUCUGCGCUCAUGGCUCAGAGGAAAGCUCGGGGCUGCCGCGGCUGUCUCCGGGCUCCUAUGAAUGAGGAUAAUGCACGGUUCUGCCUCCUGGCUGCACUCAUCCUGCUUUACUUACUGUGUGGAGCUGCCAUCUUCUCAGCACUUGAACACCCCUUUGAGCUGCGAGCACAGAGACGCUGGAAACAACAGGUGGAUAACUUUACCCAGAGACACAGGGUGAACCUGGGGGCACUGUAUACUCUGCUGCGGCAAUACGAAGAGGCCAAUGGGGCUGGCAUCCGAGUAGACACCCUCCGACCACGCUGGGAUUUCUCUGGAGCUCUCUACUUUGUGGGAACUGUGGUUUCCACUAUUGGAUUUGGCAUGACCACACCAACAACCAUUGCAGGUAAAAUCUUCCUAAUCUUCUACGGGUUGAUUGGCUGUGCUGCUACCAUCCUGUUCUUUAACCUGUUCCUGGAGCGCAUCAUCACCAUGCUGGCCUACAUCAUGCGCUGGUUCCAUGAGCGGCGGCUGAGGUGUGCUGGAGUGGAGGCGAGUCGUGAGGAAUGUCCCGAGGAGGAGGACAGUCUGGAGGGGUGGAAGCCCUCUGUGUAUUAUGUGAUGCUGAUCCUAGGAAUGGCUUCAGUCGUGAUUGCAUGCAGUGCUUCCACUCUGUACAGUUCUAUGGAGAACUGGAGCUACAUAGAUUCUCUCUACUUCUGUUUUGUCGCAUUCAGCACCAUUGGCUUUGGUGACCUGGUAAGCAGUCAGAGGCAGCAGUACGAGUCUCAGGCUGCGUACAGUUUUGGGAACUGCCUCUUCAUCCUCAUGGGAGUGUGCUGCAUAUAUUCCCUUUUUAAUGUAAUAUCCAUUAUCAUUAAGCAAACUCUGAACUGGAUCCUUAGUAAAGUGGUGUGCUCCCGGUCUCUGCAGACCUGCUCCUGCUGUGCUGCGGGCUGUUGGAGGUUCUGCUGCCCCUGCUUUUAUAAAAAGUCUCGCCAUCGCACUCGCCUGCCCCGACAUCUAAAUCAAAAACGCUUCAGGUGUAACACAGUGCACCCCGCCUCGUCUCAGCGCAGGGCUGGUAGGCGCCCCUACAAGGACGGCUCAGUGGAGACGGUCUUUGAGAGUGAGACUGAUGGAGCAGGAGAUGGAGCUGUACAUCUGGGCAGGCGUCUGUCCGGAGAGAUGAUCUCCGUCAAUGAGUUCAUGGUGUCCAAUAAAGUGUCUUUGGCUCUGCUCCAGAAGCAGCUGAGCGAGACAGCCCACCAAGGCCCCAGACCGAGCUAUGCCCACCAGAACGGCUUCUCCGGGGGUGUCGGAGCUCUGGGCAUCAUGAACAACCGCCUGCAGGAGACCAGUGUAGAUAGGUAGCAGGUAGCUGUAUUCAGCUGUUCUAGUGUUACAUAGAUCCAA